AUGAAACUAGGUAUAGGACUGCAGCCCAGGACUGCAUUUAAAGCCCACAUCCUACAUAGUUCAGCCCAUCCCAGCUCCGUCCCUGGUGGUGAUUAUGGCUUUGCGAAGUUUCAUGGUGGGUCCCCAGACCAGGGAUCAGUUGGGUCUGGGACAAAGAGGUCUAACGCAUCAUCUGGCAGUAGGCCUCGUAAUCGCAAGGAAUUUCUUUAUAGAUUUGUGGACAGUGGCAUGCUGACUGCAAAACUUGAGGACUGGUUUGAAUCUAUAUCCAAUAAAUCAGAACCGGAGAAACCUGCCUUUGAUGUGCCUUUUGAGUUGAUAGAACUUCAAAAGUUUGACUAUGCAUUGGAAGGGAUUUCAUUUCAGCAGGUGAUUAGGAUGCCCAAUGCCGUUUAUGCUUCAACAUCUGAUGCUGUCGAAGCAACUGCUUAUCUUGCUAUUGAAGAUUUUUUGCAUGCCGGUGUGAAGGGCUUGUGGGAAGCAUUCUGGAGUCAGGAUGAGCCGAUGCCUUUCUCUGUUGCUUGUCUAUACGAUGAAAACUUAAAAUUCUACCAGGCUGAGAAAGCAGUUGCUGAUGGUAAGCUUGGAGGUCUUUGUGCUACUAGUAUAUUGCUUACAAACCCUAGACAUCCCCAUGGGAAGUGGGAUCAAAUUCUUGAACUGGCUCUUUUAAGGCCUGAUAUCAGAAACUUUGCGAUGGAUAGUGACAGGCAGCUCCCUCUAUCUGUUUUAGGUGAGGCCCUUUUCUAUGCUCUACGUGUAUUAUUAUCAAGAAGCUUGAGCAGACUGAACUACUCUCAGAGUUCAAACUCAGUUUUUAUUCUUCUUGUUGAUUCUCAGUAUGGUGGGGUAGUAAAGGUUGAAGGAGAUGUAAAUAAGUUGGUGUUUGAUGUCAAUAAUGUUUAUGAAUGCGCUGCUGAAUGGAUUAUAAAACAUUCUAGGAUUGCAGUCUCUUCGGUUGAUAGGAUCUGGAACAAGCUUGGAAAUGCCAACUGGGGAGAUAUCGGCGCUUUACAAUUACUUUUUGCUACCUUCCAUUGUAUCAUGCAAUUCGCUGGAUUUCCCAAGCAUUCAGUAGAGGAUUUAGCUGCUGAUCAUGGUCCUCGUCUCCAAGCAAGAAGGGCUGAGAGGCAGUUGGGGGAUGCCCAGGUGAAUGGAAAUGGUCUAUUUCGGUUCCAGCAACGCAGUGUAUCCCCUGAAAUUGUUGAAGUUCAAGAUGAUUCUGUCAAAAUUGAGACUGAACAGUUAAUGAAGCUAGAAGUAGGAUCUGUAUUAUGGUUGGAGGAUUCUAACUGGCAAAAAGGUUACCAGAUCAAUCAAGUCUUGAAUAACAGUGAACAUCCAUAUUAUAUUGCAUCUCCAGUUGAAGAUCCUCAGAAAAGGCUGUUUCUGUAUGUUGGUUCUCAUCCUUCCCAGCUGGAGCCUGCGUGGGAGGAUAUGAAUCUGUGGUAUCAGGUUCAGAGGCAGACCAAAAUUUUGACUAUUAUGAAACAGAAAGGUCUAUCUAGCAAGUAUCUCCCUCAGUUGAGUGCUUCUGGCAGGAUUAUUCACCCUGGUCAGUGUCAGCGACCCAGCUCUGGUGGGAACUGUGAUCACCCCUGGUGUGGCACCCCCAUUCUUGUGACCAGCCCAGUUGGUGAGACAGUGUCUCAGUUGAUAAGUGAGGCCAGAUUUGGUAUGGAGGAGGCUGUUAGGUGUUGCCAUGAUUGCUUAUCUGCACUUUUGACUGCUGCUUCUGCAGGGAUUCGCCAUGGAGACAUCAGGCCAGAGAACGUGGUUUGUGUCAGAUCUGCUGUGAGGCAACCUUAUUUUGUUCUUAUUGGUUGGGGACGUGCUAUACUUGAAGAUAGGGACCGCCCUGCAAUGAACCUUCAUUUCUCUUCAACUUAUGCUCUCCAGGAGGGAAAGCUGUGCUCAGCUUCAGAUGCAGAGAGCCUUGUUUAUAUGCUUUAUAUUUCCUGUGGUGGAGUUUUACCUGAUCUUGAUUCAGUUGAGGGGGCACUGCAGUGGAGAGAGACUUCUUGGUCUAGGAGAUUGAUUCAGCAGAAGUUAGGUGAUGCGUCAACCGUGUUGAAAGCAUUUGCCGAUUAUGUUGAUAGUCUAUGUGGGACACCGUAUCCCAUGGACUAUGAUAUAUGGCUAAGAAGGUUGAGGAGAAAUAUAAAUGAGGAUGAUCAUGGGAAGGAAAUUGAUACGUCGGGCUAA